AUGGAAAUAGAACCUAACCCAGGAUACCAGAUUCCCGUACCUGCCUUCGACCCAAACAAAAUCCCUAGAGUCCCAGCAUCCCAUCCUCCAGAUUAUGACCCAUGGGAAGACGAUCAUAGGGAUUAUCGAGAACUUUACCCACAGGAGGAGCCCAUACAAAACCUAGUAGCACCCUAUCCUAACCUUGACCCUCUAGAUCCAUAUUGGGAUAACGACCAGUAUAUGCGGGAAAUCCUAGAGAACCCAUACCCAUAUGAAGAACCGAUGCCCCAGUACCCUGACCCAAUACCAGCACCAGCACCACCCAUGAGUACCGAGAACGUGCAGGAACUCCGCACUUUUGGUGAGGAGUUAUUAGAUGAAUGUGAAAGAAUAAGAUCAUCAAUGGAAAAAAAAUCGAAAAACGUAACAUUUAUAUUAAAGUCAAGGGAUGAAGGGUCAUUAAGAAUGUCGAACGCAACGGACGCAAAGGAAGACGAAUAUUUGAAUGUUAAACAAAAAGAUCAACGAUGGAAAAAACGAAAAAGGGUGACACCUAACAUGUAUGGAAACCUAGUUGCAAACGCUGCUGCUGGUAUUGCUGGCAGUACAGGGGUCAUGCCUGGAGGUAAUGUUGGCACGGAGUACGCGAUCUUUGAACAAGGUGCAUCAGCCGGGAAUGUUGGGAAACCAUCAAUGGUUGAGAAAAAGAGAGCACACCCAGUGGCUCUGCUUCUUUCAUCAGCCAUGAUGAUGAGAUAUCUUCAGCUUCCUAAUUAUGCAGAUCGUUUAUAA